UCUUCUGCUGGGCUGUAAAAGGAGGUGAGGUGGUUCAGGGUUCACUAGAUCAGAGGACGGUUCACCAGGAACACGGAUUACCAUGGAGAGAAAAGCCUUGCUUUGCAUCUUCUUCUUGUUGCUACCACUGGCCUUAGUGUCUGCAGACAUACCUGUCCUUAACUCAAUAAGUGACCUCAGGAACAUCGAGUUUGGCCACACAUUCCCUCGUCAUGGCCUAAUGCUGCUACACUUUGUCUCUGGCGGCCUAUACGUCGAUAACAACGAUGUACUCAUACCAACGUUCUCGCCAGAAAGGGGAGACUGGGGCUUCCAUUACUUCAAUAACUAUGAAGAACUUUUUCCACCACUGCAAGAUCAGAACAGACAGGGUUACUACGCAGUCGGGAAUAUCAACACACCAACAGCAUACCCACUCUAUCCUUAUGUCACUCGCAGCUACUACCUUACCCCAGGAAACUUAGAGAGGAACAUGGACAGGUUAGUUGUCAGAACAAGCCCCAACAGGCCACUGUUAGAGGCAGUCUACAUAACACAGCACUAUCGAGGAAGCAGUGAGUAUGACCCCCAUAACACCUACCAAGUCAGCCCCGCCCUCCUGCGGGAGAUCAGGACCGUCAUCCAUAACAGGGUGGACAGUGUGCAGGCAUUUCUGUACGCUGCCGGCUAUGAUGUAGACUCCAUGUUCUUCACACAGAACUGCUAUGCCCCUGGUAGCACAUACAAGGUUGAAGAAGCAGGCAGAAUGACUCUGAAUGAGUCCACUGCUAUAAUGAAAGAGGCAGUGGUGAAUGACCACCACACAGAGUGCUAUGCUGUUGUGCUCCAGGUGAAAUCCACCGAAAGUGGGUACGCCCGGCUCGGAUGGGCUAAUGUCCCUGACAGACUACUGGAUGUGGGGGUGAUGCUGGCACUCUUUAAUGACAAGGGAAAUAAUCUCUUAUCUCUCUCUCUUGGCACGCGCAGCUACGGAACCUAUGACAGCAACCAGUACCUUAACCACGGCCUACAGGUCAAGCUCCUCUCCAAGGACGGGUCAAAUGUCUUCAUAAUCGGGCCUCGGUAUGAUGACGCAGACAGGAAGGUUCCUGUUGGCAUAGAGGGUUAUGACGCCAGUCUGCAGCUCUACACUAAAGGCACCUAUGCUUGCGCUCGACUGUUCAUCAGUAAGACCUUCACCGAUUGGCAGACUGAUUUCAAUUACUCGUGGGUUGGAUUCUACUCCAAUCACAACUAUGCUAGUGAUUCUUACGAUACUUACGAGUACGCUGUCAGAUUCACUAAGCAGGAUGACACAAACAUAAAAUAUGAUAUAUAUUCGUAUGUGUCUAGUUUGUCCAUUCAACCUGGAGCUCAAGCUCGAUUCUUCCUCACGAAAACAUACGAUAACAUUCUGGCAGAAACUACACCAUGGGAAAGGUAAAAAGGUGUCCGGAAGAUUGCUGGUUUUAGUAUUAGUGUCUCCAGCCAUGAGCGAGGUACUUUACCUAUCAGACUGUUGAACAAAAACAGUCAUUUAAGGAGAAACCAGCAGAAUCUUACAACACUUGGAAAGAAAUUGGAAAGCAACAGUGUAAAUUUAAAGCACCCAACAGAGAACACCUCAGUCAUGUGAUUACCAAAGAGCCCAGUCUCCACCGCUUACACAACACCACACCAUCUCCGUGGCGACAGAGCAGCCAAUCACCAUGCAGACGGCAGUAGAGAGCAGACAGGAUUGGACACAUCUGACCCUUCUGUAACUCAGAGACUGAUUAGACGACUACUAAAAUAUGUUUUGUCUCAGGUAAUAAGAUGGAGAUGUAGGGAGAGGAUGAGUGAAUGAAUCAAAAGGCGUAAAUCGGCAUAAUGCCCUGAGGUAGUUUAUCUACCCUGAGCUACCUGACCUAUGAUAACUUCAUAACUGCAAUUGAACAAACUACCCUGACCAGACCAAUCGAGAACUGAUGUCUGUAAUGUUUACAUGUCAAAUGUUUGUAUUGUCUACUGCCGUUAAUUGUGGUACAGGUUUUCUAUAUAAAUUGUAAAUGAUGUUUUGUUGUGUUCAUGGAGCCCAGGAAGAUUAGUGGUCGUCAUGGCGUCAGCUAAUGGGGAUCCCAAUAAAGAUAAAGAUAAAUAACAUUGUGUUAUAUUGAAGGCCAUGAUUAUCAAGAUUAGUAAUGGAUGGGUAGAUUUGUUUGGGCUGGUUAGACUCACAUUCUAACAACAGAGGAGCAGAGGAGGGCCAGCAGUAUUUUGACUAGGGUUGCAAAAUUCUGGGAACUUUCAAUACGUUUUACAACAAAAUAUAACGAUUGAAAGAUUGUGUUUGUAAAAUGUGUAUGUAUGCACUGAAGGUUAUUAAUAUGUAUAAACUGAAGGUAGAAGCAUGAGUGUUAUUGUUUAUUAGUUUACUCCAAUUGGGGGAAGGGGGUUUGCAGGGGUUAAUAAAGGUAUAUUCUAA